AUGGUCUACACGAUUCCAAAGGACUACGCCACUCUGGCGCGUCAGGAGCGCGAUAGCCUUCUUGCUGAGGGUGUCGACCCUGACUCGAUCAUCCUAAUGAGUGAAUUACACAAUCAAGUCCCUCGAGAAGAAAACGACUCUGUCAACGAAUAUACGAAGCGUUACGCCAAUACUUUGAUGGACUUGACUCGUCGCGGCUGCCGGAUCCUGAACGAUAGGAUUACAGCGGAGGCAUUGCCAGAUACAUUUCAUACCGUGUCUGGGAAGGUUUUUGAUUUAGGCCCAGAUUCGGGCGCGACAAAGGGGGAGUAUCGAGAAUUUAAUCGGUGGCUCUUGGGAGUUCAGGGAGUAGAACAGAUUGAGGUACCGGAGAAGUGGUUGAGGUUUGAGAAGCCAGCCGAAAGAUGA